AUGGGUUACUCUGAAUUAGACCAGUUGGCGAUCAACACCAUUCGUGUUCUCGCGAUCGAUGCCACCUCCCAGGCUAACUCGGGCCACCCCGGUGCCCCCAUGGGCAUGGCCCCUGUGGCCCACGUUCUGUUCAACAAGUUCAUGAACUUCAACCCCAAGAACCCCGACUGGGCCAACCGUGAUCGCUUCGUUCUCUCAAACGGCCACGGCUGCAUGCUGCAGUACGCUCUGCUGCACCUGUUCGGCUAUGACCUCACCAUGGAUGACCUGAAGAACUUCCGUCAACUCGACAGCAAAACCCCUGGUCACCCCGAGGCCCACGACACUCCGGGCAUUGAGGUUACCACUGGCCCCCUGGGUCAGGGUUUCGCCAACGCCGUCGGUCUGGCCAUCGCCCAGGCCCACUCCGGUGGUGUCUUCAACAAGUCCGGCUAUGAGCUCUUCAACAACCACACCUACAUGUUCUUCGGUGAUGGCUGCGCCAUGGAGGGUAUCGCCUCCGAGGCUGCCUCCAUGGCCGGUCACUUGAAGCUGGGCAACCUGAUUGCCAUCUACGACGACAACCACAUUUCCAUUGACGGUGACACCAAGUGCGCCUUCACUGAGGAUGUCAUGAAGCGCUUCGAGGCCUACGGCUGGCACACCGAGUGGGUUAAGGAUGGCGACCACGACCUCCAGGGCAUUGAGGAUGCUAUCCGCAAGUGCCAGCAGGUCACUGACAAGCCCUCCGUCAUCAAGCUGACCACCACCAUUGGCUUCGGCUCCAAGCUCGCCGGCACCGGUGGUGUCCACGGCAACCCCCUCAAGGCCGACGACGCCAAGCAGGUCAAGGAGAAGUUUGGCUUCAACCCCGAGGAGAGCUUCGUGGUUCCCCAGUCCGUCUACGAGCUGUACGGCAAGCAUGCCGCCGCCGGUGCGGCCAAGGAGCAGGAGUGGAACGCCCUCUUCCAGAAGUACCAGCAGGCUUUCCCCACAGAGGCUGCUGACCUCGCCCGCCGUCUCGCCGGCAAGCUUCCCGAGGGCUGGGAGAAGAGCCUCCCCACCUACACCUCCGCCGACCCCGCCAUUGCCUCCCGCAAGCUGUCCGAGGCCGUCUUGGAGAAGAUCCACAGCGUCGUCCCUGAGUUGCUGUCUGGCUCGGCCGAUCUGACUGGCUCCAACAACACCCGCUGGAAGAACGCUCACGCCAUGGCUGCCGUCAUGAACGGCCUGGCUGCCUACGGCACCGUCAUCCCUGCUGGUGGUACCUUCCUGAACUUCGUCUCGUACGCCGCCGGUGCCGUCCGUCUGUCGGCUCUGUCCCGCGUCCGUGUCAUUCACGUCGCUACCCACGACUCCAUCGGUCUGGGUGAGGACGGCCCGACCCACCAGCCUAUCGAGACCCUGGCUCACUUCCGCGCCCUGCCCAACUGCAUGGUCUGGCGCCCCGCCGACGGCAACGAGACCAGCGCCGCCUACUACUCGGCUCUGACCGCCAAGCACACCCCCAGUAUCCUGGCCCUGACCCGCCAGAACCUCCCCCAGCUGGAGAACUCCUCCAUCCAGGCUGCCAUCAAGGGUGGCUACGUCGCCAUCGAGAACCCCGAGGCUGCCGUCACCAUCAUCUCCACCGGUUCCGAGGUCGGCAUCUGUAUCGACGCCGUCAAGACCCUCGAGGCCCAGGGCAUCAAGGCCCGUGUCGUCUCCGUUCCUUGCUUCGAGGUCUUCGACGCCCAGGACAAGGCCUACCGCCUCCAAGUCCUGCCCGACGGCAUCCCCGUCCUGUCCGUCGAGGCCUGCUCGACCAUGGGCUGGGAGCGCUAUUCCCACGAACAGUUCGGUCUCAACCGCUUCGGUGCCUCCGGCCCCUACAAGCAGGUCUAUGAGAAGUUCGAGUUCACCCCCGAGGGCAUUGCCAAGCGCGCUGUUGCCACCAUCGAGUUCUACAAGGGCCACAAAGUCCGCUCGCCCGUCAACCGUGCCUUCCAGCAGAUCCUGUAA